CCCAUUUUUCUCAUGAAAGUGAGACUUUAUAUCGGGAUAUUGUACAUUUAUUUAGAUACAAUCACUUAAGGAAUAUGAUAUUCUUAGAAGUAAUGCAAAACAUGAGGCGCUUAUGACGAUUAAGGCAAACGGUGCACACACAAAAAAAGAUGAUAAAUUAUCAACAAUAAUUAAACAGCCCAUACUCGUUUAAGUACCUGCUUAUAACGAGACCCGCACGUGCACCUUUAAUAAUGGAGUAAUGUGCAUUAUGGCCCUUUGUCGUGUAAUGGAGCUCGUGAGGGGAGCGCGUGUCUGCAUGCUUUGCGUGUCAUUGAGAGCACGCACCUGUCGCGCAGUUCCGGGCUCGAGCUCGUGGUGUGCGAGCGCAUAUGGAGGUGGCAGGUGGCGAGAACGUGCGCCGCUCGCGCCAUUCGGUCCACUUAGCGCCAGAGAGCAUGAGUGGAGUCGCGCGCAUCGCAAAACGAGGCAGAGCGCUGAAGAGCAGUCGCGAGAUUUUUCGAAAAAUACUUAUUCUUAUUAAAUGUAUAUUUUGUUUCUCUGGUCUCGGUGUGUUUUGUGUUUAUUUACCUAUUGUGAGAUAAAUUAAAUUUCACAAAGUUAUAUGUUAUUCUUUUAAUUGUUUCAGUUCAGUUGUUAAUUUAAAUAUUUUUGCUAAAAUUUAAAUAAAAAAUAUAUGCACACGGCAAUAUUUUGUUUGUUGUUUACAUCAUGUAUACUUUGAAAAAGUAAACAAUGUUAUAUACUUCUGCUGCUAUGAUGUUAUUAUUGAUUGUAAUUAUAAUUAGUGCGCGUGUUUAUCAUUAUUACGUCUUUUUACUGUCUUUUAACAGGAACCCUAAUUAAUUAAUUAAUUUAAACUCAUCAUCGUUCAGACUCUAACCAGUGGCAGUUGAAUAAUAAACGGUGCGCAGCCCCUAUACGUCUCAUCCUUGUCACUGAUAACGCGUUGCCGCCUCCGCCAUUAAAACAUUACCGCGUUGCUCUCUUUUUAUUUUCUGUAUCUAUUUGUUUCCAAUAGAAACCAGGAUGCAGAGGUAAUCCCAGUGAACAGGACACUACUUAAAAAAUAAAACACUUUAACCUAUGAGCACCAAUAGCAGAGCAGAUGACGGCGCUUCCCGCUCCGCGGUCCGCCGAGGGAGAGUAUUUAGGAAGCAGUCGGUCCGGGAGAGAGCAGACGACAGGUGCACCGGGCACCACCGCGUCCUCAAGGGUGUGUGUGUGUGUGUGUGUGUGUGCGUGCGCGGGCUACUCAAGAUAUGGAAAGUGGAAAUGAAAUUUAAAGGUGGACCAUCAAACGCCUGGGUGAGUCAUUUAUAUAUAUUUUAAUGUACUUUACAAUAUGGCUUUAUUGGUGUUUUUUCAUUUAUGAACUGUUUCUGUUGCUACCAAGGCAACCACGUCAAUGUCUAAACACACGGCUUUGUCUCUUUGGUACACAUGGAUAAAAACUGAGCUUAUUAUAUAUUACAAAUAACACCUAUUAAUUACAUUAUUAAAUAUAAUUUCAAAUUAGAGGGCUGUGUUUAGCCGACAAGACAGUUUUAUUUAUGCUAAUGAGCAGCACUUUGACUGAGGUGGAUUUCAUUUGAAUUGUUUUAUAUAACCGUGCAAGAAAGUCUCGACAUCUUCAGCUGGAAACUAAAAACACACACACUUUUCCGACUAUACCUUGAAUAUGGUAUUACUCAUGAUAUUACUCAUGGUAUUACUUAUGAUAUUACUUAUGAUAUUACUCAUGGUAUUACGUAUGGUAUUACCCAUGGUAGUACUCAUGGUAUUACUCAUGGUAUUACUUAUGUUAUUACUCAUGGUAUUAAAUGGUAUUACUCAUGGUAUUACUAUUACUUAUGGUAUUUUGUAGUUUAGCUUUCUUGAUUUUUGUUUUUCUGAUUUCAUGGUUGAAUACACUUAUUGUAAGUCAGCUAAAUGACAUUUAAUGUAAUGUAUGAGGAGAAUGCUGAGAGAUAUUCUAGGAAAGAGAAGACCGUGCCCCUUCAAGGGACCGAGCGAGGCCCAGCGCGUCUCCUACAGUCGCUUCAGGAGACGGAUCAUCCGGAAGCGUGGCAGCGAGGGGCCAGCUGCAAGUACACCGCUGGCCACUUGGCGGCAGCGUGAGCCGAGCUUUGAGCUGGACGCGGUGCGCCAGAGGCUGCAGCUGGAUUCUCCACCGAGACACCUUGAACCAGCACCGAGAGGCCCGCGCCGAGAGACGGCCAACGCAGCACACUCCUUCACCGUCGGGAGACGGACCGCCACGGAAAAUUCCCCAGAACAGGGAUGGGUGUGGAGAGCUGCAGUUCCGGAACAUGGAGGUCCACAACCGGACGGUUCGGAUGAGAUAAGAACUGCUCGGCAGCCGUUUGCUCUCUUGGACAAAACCUCCGUGAGUCAGCGGGGAGAGUCCGUGAUGAAGUUGGCGGCGCCGUCGCUCCUCAACGACUACUACACGAAUCUCCUCGACUGCAGUUGCCACGGCGUGAUUGCAUUGGCACUGGGCUCUUCUGUCCACCUUUGGGACUCAGAAACCCGCAGCCCGGCGGGAUCUUUGGACACGAGUCCGCAACCGGGACGGCCGCGCCAUCGGACGCCGGCCGUGUCCUGCCUGAGCUGGAGCACGGACGGCAGCGCUCUCUGCGUCGGGACCCGGGGAGGAGAGAUACAGCUGUGGGAUGUUGAACACAAGCGGAACAUGAGCUGCCUGCCUUCACACCUGUCAGUGGUCAGAGGGCUUUCCUGGAAACAGCAGUUACUCAGCAGCGGCUCUGCACUCGGACACAUCCAUCACCUUGACCCUCGGGCUCCUGCGCCCCUGGUGGGUGCCGUUGUCCAGGAGGACGGGGUCUGCGGCCUCCAGUGGUCGCCAAAAGGCGACUGGCUGGCCAGCGGCUCCCCAGAGGGCCUGCUCCGUAUUUGGGGCGGUGGCAUCGCCGGGGUCACAAGGUCACAUCAGCCAAUCGUCACGAUGAGACAGCCCAGCGCUGUUAAGGCAAUGGGUUGGUGUCCAUGGCAGAGAAACAUAAUCGCCACUGGAGGCGGAUGGAACGAUGGAGAGCUGAGAGUCUGGGACACAGAUUUGGGGACUUGUGUGACUUCUGCCAAAACCAAUUCUCAGAUCUGUUCUCUGCGCUGGGCCGAGAAAAAGAAGUGUCUGGUCUCAGGUCACGGCCUCCCUCAUCACCAGGUCAGCUGCUGGUCCUGGGACUUCCCGUCCCUCAGCCCCGUCCGCCAGCUGUCAGGUCAUUCUCAUCGAGUCCUGCACUUGGCCGUAAACCCCGACGGCACUCAGAUUUUCUCUGCCGGAGCGGACCAGCGGUUUCACAUCUGGGAUGCGUAAUUAUUACGCAACAUCGCUGAACAUGGAAGGUGAAUGUGGGUGACAUGUGAGAGGCUCACCCUUCUUGGUCACGUCAUUGUGUUCCUGUCCGCUGCUCUGAGCUCACCACCACGAGAAGCUAACAAACCAGUCGAACCUAUUGUCAUGCCAAGAUGCUUCAUUUCAGGGUCAAAUGUCACAUUACAAAGUUGCUCAAAUAUGCACAAUACAUUCCUUUUUAUUUCAUUUUUAGCUGUUGUUUUUUGGGGUUAGUGAAAUAUGCCUAACAGCCCCAUAAUGUGAGAAGAGUACAGGAAAUACUUCAAAUGGACUUUCAGGAUAGUAAUAAUGAUAAUAAUUAUAAUAGUGAUUUAAUUUCGAUAGCAAGAAGAAGAAGAGGCUUUCUUGUGCACAGAGACAGCAUAAAAGCGACACACCUUUAAAAUCAACAGCCUUUAGGCAGCUACAUACAAAACCAUCAGAAAACGAUGUAAACAACAGACAAGAAGGCGUAAUCCACCACAAAUGUUUUUUUAAGGUUUUCAGAGCCGAGACAUCUCUUGAAUUCAAGGGUGGCGACUCAACGUGGCGGCGGCUGGCGGUGACAACGGUGAUAGCGGUGAUCGCUACGCUAACAGCGCAAAACUGUGUGAAAAAAAGUGCCGACGUUGCUCAGAGCCGGCGGGAGCGUGCAGAGGUGCUGUGCAGAGGUGCUGUGCUUCUGCAACCCGACCGAUGGCGUUGUCGGCCGGGACCGUGGAGAGCCAGCCGUACACUCACGUGCACUAAAGGCACGCACGGCGGGCCCCGGUUGUGUCAGCAAAGCUCGGAUAACAACACACACACAGAAGGAGAGACAUUACCCAACUUUAUCUUGACAGAUCAACUCAUUGUUUACCGCAAUAUGGAUACUCUAAAUCCUGGAUAUUGCACCUUUAACCUAAUUUAAGCAGCCUUUAUGGACAGUAUAUACUCACCAAUCCACCCCUUUGUGGCCUGUAUGAUGAUGUAAAGGAAAGCCAGACGUUGUUGCCUGGUCUCAGGGGAAGUUUGAAUGCAAUCUGUCAUUCUGAUGGAAGCAUUUUGCUCUUUGAAAUCAAAUAAUGUGCACACGGGACUGAUAACCAUUUAUAUAUUUACUUGUGUAGCUUGUAAAAAAUGUGUUAAUGUUUGAUUUCAUGUAUUCUAUCCGUUAUUUUCUUGCCCCUGACCUCCUGUGAUAUGUAACCCAAUAAACCUUGUGGGGGCUUGAUUCUCUCUGCUUAUCAGAUGUA